AUGCCUCCUCGAAGGAACAAUCAGCUGUCCACGACCGAGGCAGAAUUACAGGAACGCAUCUCACAGGCAAUCGCACAACAUGAGGCUCUUCGCUCUAAACACGGCGGAGGUACCUCAGGGAAUAACCCACCUAACGGCUGUACCUACAAGCAGUUUUUGGACUGCAAGCCUCUGAACUUUGACGGCACUGGAGAUGGGGCUCUGUCAUGGUGGAACCUUCAGGUUCAAACUUUGGGUGAGGCUGCUGCGUAUGCGUUUUCAUGGGAUGAGUUGAAAGAACUAAUGCAAAAGAAAUUUGGGAAGUGUGAAACUUGUGGAAAGGUUGGUCAUUCUAAUAAGACAUGCUGGUAUGGAACCGGACGUGGAAACGGUGGGCAAGGAGGAAAUGGAAAUGGUAAUGGUAAUCGUGGUGGAAAUGUUUAUGGGAAUAGAAAUCAGGGAGGAAACAAUAAUCAGGGAGGUAAUGGAAACCGGAAUGGAAAUGGAAACCAGGCAGGAAAUGGAAACCGCAGAGGAAAUAAUAACAACAAUCAGGGUGGUGCUGGAAACGGACGCGGCCAAGGUUGCUUUGGUUGCGGUGAUGUAGGGCAUUUCAAGCGGGAUUUCCCAAAGAAUAACUAA